GGGGUGUUGGUGGUAGUCCGGGGUGGGCUGAGGGAAGAGAAGGGCCGGCACGCAGGCCUUAUAUGCGAAAUCGAUGGGUGCCAUGCGGGCACGGGAUGCCGCGAAGCCGUCGUCGCUAAAGCAAGGACAAACAACAUUCUCCUGCCAUCUCCGGUAAUAAAUGUUGUUUGUUUGGUCAGAACAAACUGGGACCCACAGUUACGAAGCGACGGGACACACUGGGACCCACAAAGAAUCAGAGCAUGGCGAGGCACGAGGCAGAUAAGCGGCUCGAUAUCGCUCCGUCGGGAUUCGUGCGACCAACAUUAGCCGAUGCGGCAAACAGUAUUUCCGAUAUCUUUCUCCGAGAGGAUGCCACAGCGGCAUGCGUGCCACAUCAUCUCAAGGUGACGACUUUUGUUCUUGCAAACAUGACGAGGAGACUCAAACAAAGGCGAUCGGUGUCCUGCACUCUGAAUCACUGUGGGCAAAGGCAUCGUGCCUUCCGCCCCGACACGGAUAGACCUUUAGGGACAAUCGCUCGCCACGAGCGUAGAAACGAGACGGAAAUGGAAUAAAACCACCCACAAAUGCAAAGCAAAACAACUUUUAAAUGACUAUAGUAGCAGAAUAACAUACCACUUGAUGUUCAUGUAUAGUCUUCAACUCUGGCUAGUAGCGAAUGCGACUGAUCUCGACCUCAAAAAAGUCC